CUUGAUCUAUUUUUGGGAUUUACUGCCAGGGAAUAUUGCCUGGAAUGUUGGAAAGUCACCUUGAAAGUUGAUUGGGUUGCUUGGGGAGAGAGAAGAGAAUAGAAAUCCGCAUACAGAGGGGAGGCUGUCAGGAAUUUGGUGAUAUCACUGUAAGUGCUUUUUUUUAUGAAAGGUUACUCCAAAUUUCUUACACGAUAAAGAGGACCUGAAGACCUCUCUUGUUGAAUUAGAUUUGAAAAUUUAAAAUGGACUCCCAGAGCUACUUUGGUAUAGUUGACUACAUAGUCUUUGCUGCAGUACUAGCCUUUUCCUCGGCAAUUGGCAUUUACUUCAGAUUUACGGGAGGGAAGCAAAAGACCUUCAAGGAAUAUAUGCUUGCUGACAACAGUAUGCCGAUGCUGCCUGUUGCUUUUUCACUAAUGGCCUCCUUCAUGUCAGCCAUCACAAUACUGGGAGUGUCAAAGGAGAAUUAUAUGUUUGGUACUCAGUUUAUAGUUAUCAAUAUAUCGUACAUCAUCUCAACUCCUAUUGUGUGCUACUUCUAUCUGCCAGUCUUCUUCAGGCUACAGAACACCAGUGUUUAUGAGUAUUUGGAACGAAGAUUUGGUCUCCUCACUCGAACAACUGCUUCUCUAGCCUUUAGCCUACAAAUGACUCUCUAUAUGGGCAUUGUUCUCUAUGCCCCUGCCUUAGCCCUCUCAGCAGUUACAGGAAUAUCUCUUCAGUGGUCCAUCAUAGCUGUAGGAUUAGUUUGUACUUUUUACUCCACUUUGGGUGGAAUGAAGGCUGUGCUGGUAACUGAUGUCUUCCAGUCGCUACUCAUGUUUGCUGCUAUCUUUGCUGUGAUUACUCGGGGUGUAAAAGAUCACGGUUUAUCCAAUAUUUUUAAGAUUGCCAAAGAGGGCGAAAGACUAGAGUUUUUCAAUGUCUCGCCAGAUCCACGCGAGAGGCACACUAUUUGGAGCCUUGGUAUUGGUGGUAUCUUCACAUACUGUUCUUUGUAUGGUGUUAACCAGGCACAAGUCCAGAGGCUCCUCACCAUUAAAGACCUUCGAAGAGCACAGGGAUCAUUAUGGAUCCAAUGGCCAAUAUUAACUCUCCUCAGCUUGUCCACAUCCUUUGCUGGUCUGGUGCUGUAUGCUCAGUAUCACCUCUGUGACCCUAUAAAGAGCGGUCGCAUAUCAAACUCAGACCAAUUGUUGCCUUUCUAUGUAGUUGAGACUAUGGGGAUGAUCCCAGGACUGUCAGGACUAUUUGUAUCAGGAAUUUUCAGUGGAUCACUGUCAACUGUUUCUUCUGCUUUGAAUUCUUUAGCAGCUGUCACAGUGCAGGACUACAUCCUGCCGUUUGCCCCAAGCAGUCUUGGCAUCGGAGAAAAACAAGCCACAAAGAUCAGUAAAAUUCUGGCUUGUGUUUAUGGUGGUGUGUGUAUGAUCAUAGCUUUUUCAGCAAAAUUACUGGGCACUGGUGUCCUCCAGGCUUCCUUGACUAUCUUCGGUGCAGUUGGGGGACCUCUGCUCUCCCUUUUUACUCUGGGGAUGUUGUGUAAAUGUGCAAAUCAGAAGGGUGCAAUGUCAGGUCUUCUUAUUGGCCUUGUGUUCACCCUAUGGAUUGGCUUCGGAAGGCCAAAACCACCACUUCCUUUCAAGCCAGUCUCCGUGGAAGGUUGUCCUGCAGACAACACAACUCUUAUCACAAGCAGAACCCUUGGUGAAGAGGCUGUCUUGGGGAAUAUCACCUUGACUGAAAUUACAGUUGAUGUUGCAAAUAUGACACAAGGUGUUGAUAGUGCUGAAGUUGUGGAGAGCACCUCUUUCCUCCAUGAGAUCUAUGCAGUGUCAUACAUGUGGAUAGCAGCUAUAGGCUUCCUGAUAACAUUGCUGGUGGGUGUGAUAGUGAGCAGGCUUACAGGAGGAAAUGAGAUUCUGGACCACGACCUCUUUGCAACUUGGAUACACCUGCCUCCCCCUUCAGCUGCUCUAGAGGAGGACAUGUGCUCAGACAAGGUUGACCUCCCUGGUAAUGCUGAGGUUCCCCAAGUGUCUUCUUCAGCAAAGCUCACACCUGAGAGCACAAAGUUAUAGUCUUGUUUUUUUCUUAGUUUUGGUUGUAUCUGAGGUAUGAGAUCUGAUAACAUUGGUUUUGUAUUUUGAAUUUGUAUAUUAUGUGAUAGGUUUUAUUUUUUCUUAGAUUUUUAGUUAUAUAUGAAUUACAGUUAUGUAUUAGUUUUAUGUCAAAGGUGCAAUACUGAAGGGAAUAGAAGCAAAAGAAGAGUAGGGAGAAAUAAUGGCUAUCUCUUACUGAUGGUUUAGAUGAAUGGAAUCUCAAAAGUGCACCAAUUUCCUAUUUCCUAUUUCAUUCAGAUUGUUGUGGUCUUGUCUAUUAUAGUACAAAUUUGGUCUCAUUCAUUGCUUUAUUGAUUUUUGAGAGUUUGUAGCUAAACAUUGUGCCUAUAAUUUGUUUGGUCUGUUGUGGAAAUAAUUUUCAUCCUACUGUAUAGAUAAUGAAAAGAAAGGCUGAACAUAUGAAUGAAGUCACACACAUAUGAUGAAGAAAUUGCCUGAAAGAUUUACUUAAGUAUGUGAUGUUGCUUUGUAGAUAUCUAAUUUGUAGGAAUAUUUUGAUAAUAGAUAUAUUUAGAUGAAUACAGCAAAUUACAGCAAUCGAAGGUGCCUGGUUAUGGAAAUCUCAGAGACUUCUAUUCAUUGACUUCACUAAAUGUUGAAUAUACUAUCAAAGUGUUCAAAAUAUGCAUGAAGGUUGCCCAUUUCUGAUAUUGUCAGUAAGCAGUAUCUGAAUGUAUUGAGUGGUUGCCAGUAUUUUAGAGAUUUAUACUUGUAAAACGUGAAUUGAAGAUAUCAAUUUGUCCAAAAUGUGAAAAAAGAGUGCUCAAAAAAUACCUGUUAUCCAGUGGUAUCUUUUAGAAGUGCAGAAGUGAAGAAGCACAUAAUUUGUCUUUCCAGUGGAGUUUACGAUGGGUCACGAAAGCCAGUAUCGUCCACUUUCAUUCCUGUCAUAUUUUUUUUUUCUCAUCUUUAACUUCAUGACCUGUAUUUUCAGCUCCCUCACUACUUAAAUCAUAACCUUCAUUAUCAUAUUCACCAUCUAUCCAAGAUCUGCUUUUCCAAUGCCUUGAAAAGUCUUCCAUAUUAAUGUAAGAUAGAGUUAGUCUGCGAGUCUCCCAUAUUUUAUGGUGAAGUAUGUGACUGUACAUUUCUGUUGUGCAGUUGAAUUUAAGCUCAGCUUACCUGUGCCUGUGCUUUAUCGUUUUUUAACUUGUUUGUGGAGAGGAGUUUAUAUAGAUAAAUGUUAAUUCAUGUUGUGAAAAGUAAACAUGGUAAAUCUGUAAUUAUUUUCAAAUAGCUGGAGGAAAAGAUGAACAGAUUAUCUGAUUUGUAACUGUGGUAGGUGUAGUUAUCUAUUUUUGUUUAUCUGAAUAGUUAUUUUAGUAAUUUUGUCAAAACACUUCCAGGUGCAUGUGAGUUAAGUAUGAAUAAUUAACUUGCAUACUACAAAAAAAAAAAGAGUUAAGAGGCUACAGUGUCUGUAAUUUUUAGCAACUUUGAUUAUUUGCUACAUACUUUGGAACUAUGACUGUGGAGAGGUGCUUGGUAGAUUCUCGUUUGCAAUUGCAAAAGGACUACAUGUAAUUAAUGACUAAAUAUUGCAUUCCA